AUGAGUUUCAUCGAGAAGGUCUGGAGUGAAGUAAUGGGAAGCUCUCCGCAGCUCCCUUCAUCCUUGGACAAGAGCGUCUCGAUUUCUCCUAGAAGCUCUCUGGAACGUUACGACAGCGGGGGAAGCCCGCUUUCUCCUUCGAAUGAAGGCUCAUAUCAUGGAAUUCCACCGCCGCUGAAUCUCGACGAGCGGCGUAAGAGCGCAGAUAUGGCGUCUGACGGUCGGACAGUGAUGCCGAGAAUCACCAAGAGCAUCUCCAUUGCUACACAGCAGCCAAAGACGGCUCGCCGGCUCGACACCUCUCGCUCUCUGCCAGCUCACUACGACACUGGCCUUUCGAACUUGCCUUCCCCCGCGUCACGCAAGGGAGAGAACGUCUGGCGCAGUGUGUUUCACCCUGGAAGUAACAAGGCUGGGAUGGACCGCGUUGGUGCUACCAGAUUUGACAAGGCUAGCUCGUCGGAGCCGUCCGUGUUCGACUGGCUGUACAAUCCCAAGACGAAGUCGCAGUAUCAACAACGCUUCUCUCGUCCUUCUCUCUGCUUGAAAUGGCGACUCGGCGUGUCCGCUGCAUCCGCCGCAUCGGACGGCGGAAGCGGCGCUUACAGCAGCAUCUCCCCUGAAAAUGCCGGACAGGUUGCGGCGCCUAAACCAGGCUUAUCUGGACAGGUCUCACCUGCGUCUGCUGCAGAAUCAGUGGGAACAGACUAUAGCGGGGAUGCAGAUGCAGCAGCAGCGACUUCUAGGGCCAGUCGGCACCGCCCCGGGCAGAUGGAAUUCGUUCCCGGGCAGAAGGAGUUUCGUCCCACGAGAAACAGAGUGGUGGCAUUGGCUGCAGUGGCGCUCGUUCUCGUCCUCAAUCGCCGCUGGUUACUCUCCGAGCUCAUCCGCUCCUCCCUUCUCAUCCUCUCUCUCUUCACCGCUGCCUGUGGUUCAACCGCUGUCUUCCUCCUCUUCCUCGCACACUCCCUCCUCCUCCUCCUCCCUGACCCCAUCCUCACUCGCCUCUCCAUCCUCCUCUCUGUCAUCGCAUCUGGCGCCGAGUUCCUCUAUUUCGCGGUACUCGCUCAGUUUGACGUCAUGCCAGUUGGACCGGUUAUCCUGAACGCUCUUCUGGUUACCGCAGUUGUUACUGUAGCUCAGCGAUUUGAUUCUGACCCGGAGAGGCUAAACGGCCCGCUGUGGCUCGCUGGAUCGGCAGCUGUUGGUCUCGCGACAGGUGUCGUUCCGCCAUUGGUUUUCCUGCUUAUCCUGACCAUCCUCACUGGGUUCUCCGCGGCUCGUGCGGUUCUCUCAUCGUCAACAGCUGCUGCUGCAUCUGAUUCAUCAUCCACCCUCGCUUCCUCCACCUCCUCCUCCUCCUCCUCUUCCUCCUUGCCCUCUGCCACGACCAAACCUCAAGCUUUGGCCGGACCUAACUGGUUGUCAGUGGUGGCGCCAGCAGUGGCGGCGAUUGCCGGAGCAGCGGAGAACCUUGGGGUUCGUCUGCUAGCGGUGGGGGUGUAUGCGAUGCUUGCUGUGUGGCUUCACCAUUCAGGGAGAAUUACCUUCCAAAGUGACCCCAGUACCGCAGCAGCAGCACACGAGAAGCAUGCCAAGACCUGGAAGCUUCAACCGAUGAGUGUUAUUCAAGGGAUUGUGGCGUUUACUGGUUUGGUGGCGGUGAUGAGGUGGGGCAACAAUGCCUUUCUUGCAUGGAUGGUGCUCUGA